CAAUCUUACGAUCGUUCGUGCUGUUUGUUAAAAAUUUUGUAUACAAAAAACACGCUUGUUAAUAAUUUAAAGAGUGUAGAUAUUUUACACCAGACAGAAAUUAAGAAAAAACAAAAAAUAUAAAACAAAAGCAGACAAAAAUAAAAAUAAAUACCUUUUUUUUUAAAAAAAGGGUUUGUUUUGUGCGUUUUUCAUAAGUGAUGCUGUUUGUUAUCAUGCUCGUUCGUUAAUAUUUGAAUUUGAAUUAUAAAACCAUAAAAUAAUAAUAAACAAAGCAAUAGAGAGACAAACAAAACUCACAACUUGAUUGCCGUAGAAAAUCGGUAUUUUUCCAUAACUGUGUAAAGUGAUAAACAGAAAAAAAAAUAUGAAAUUCAUAAAAUAAAUUUAUAAAAAACAAAAAUUUUUUGAAUAAAAAUACAAUUUCUUAAGAAAAGAUUUAUAAAAAAAAACGUUUUAGUGAAACGUUUUAAAACAAUUUUUAAUCUUAUGCAUUGGCCUAAACGUUUACCGUCGGGUGUUAUUUACAACUUAAGGGGCUUUAAUCGCUUAACAUUAAAUGUAAUUAUUCGUUGAGUUCAGCGAGUUUUUGACCGUUGUCUGGGGGAAAAAUAGGUUUCGUUAAUUCUUUAACAUAAACUAAAGAUUAACGUCAAACUGAAGUUGUUUACGGAUUUAACUUCUACAACUGACAACAUCCACUAUAACAACGACGACGACGCCGACAAAGUUUUCACCAUUGCCAAAGUCACCGUGAGCAUGAUACCUCACUGUGGAUACCGUUAUACUUGGAACCGCGAAAUUGUGUUCAACUCGCAAAAGCUGGUGAAGCGGCGUUAAAUUAUUGCAGCAGCGGUAGCAGCUACACAGGUUUAUAACCAAUAAAAAAAGAAAGUCUACGUUCAAACAAAAAAAAAAGCAGUUUAAAACUAACAAAAAGAAAAUAUCAAAUUUCGGUUCAAACGGUUACGGUUUCUUAGGCAAAAAAAAAAAAAAAAACGUUAACGGUUUUGUUUGUUUUUCUUCUUUUUUUUUUUUCUCACUCUAAGAAUAGGCAACGCGACUUAUUUGCUCGUUACCUUUUGGUUCCUGUUUUUGUUGUUGCUACACAAUUAUCAUAAUUGUUUGAGAUUUAACAAACAAUACAAGAGACAAUAUUAAUAUUUCUUUUAUUAUUCUUUUUUUAAUACAAUUUAAAUCAUAAUUUUUUUUAUUUACAAUUUAAUAGUUAUUAGUUUUCUUUUCUUAUCGUUAAUCAUUUUCAUAUCUUUUUAAAUAAAAAGAAGAGAACUUUAAAAAUUAGUUUGUGUCGUAACUGAAUUUAAAUAAUUUUUAUUUAAAAAAAUCUCCAAAAACUCAAGGUCUAAUUGCGCAAAAUUAAGCCAUAAAAAUAUAAAAAAAAAAUUCUGUGAUUAAACUUAAUUCAAUUGUUUUUGUUUUUAAAUAUUUUAUUUUUUUAGAAUUUAAGUUUGUUGAAAUAUUUUGAAAUAAUUUGUAAAUAUAUAAAAAUAAAUUUUAUUUCUCAUCUCCUUUUUGAUAAAUUUUUCAAUUGUUUUUAGUUUUUAAGUAAUUUUUUCCAUUUAAUUUUAUUUGUUUUAAUUUUUAACCGAAAUAAUAAUAAUUCGUUCGUCUCGUUUCGUUUAUUUUUAAAUUAAUUCGUUUUUGUUUUCUUUAUUCUUAAUUUAAUUUAAAAUAAUUUAAAUAUCAAAUAUUGCCCUCGUCAUAUCGUGUGCCGCUGCUGCAAAUAUGAACAUGUUUAUGACACCUUAUGCCUAUGAAAAUUUUUAUUCACCCUCACCACUUUUGGACAAUUCACUAGAUAGUGUGGUCACCAAUCCAACACAGGUGAUAAAAGUGCAAUCACCCAUCGACAUCAAUCAUUUUGGAUUUGCCAAUCAUGGAGCAUCAAUUCUAACAUCAUUGACACCACCCAGCUCCCCACCACAAAGCGUUGCUUCACCAGUACCACAGGCAUUGGAAUUACCAACAACCACAGCGCCGGAAAUCACUAAUUUACCACUAAAUAUCAAUGAUGUUUUACAAACUACCGCGGCAUCAGAACCCACUUCUCCAGUUCCAGUUCAAAACCAAUUCGUCUUCAACAAUUGGAAUAACCAUCAUAGUACAACUGAUACAGCAUCAUCGAGCGUUGUUUCGUCGCCAUCCUCCAAUGGCUCUUCGAAUUAUGACAUUGUUUUGAAUACACAAAUAAUCGAUGAUAUACUCAAGACCGCAGCCAAUGAGUUCUUCGAAGAGAGUGAAUCGCAAUCUUCGAUUUCGGCUCCUUCCACGGUAGACUACACAACCACCGAUGAUGAAUGGAUGCCCUCGUCCGGCAGUUGUUCUCCUUCACAAAUUGUCUCAAACGAAACGUUUAACGAAUCUUCUGGCACUUGUGGCGGUACAAAGAAACGUACUCGUCCCUAUGGGCGUGGUGUUGAAGAUCGUAAAAAACGUAAGAAGGAACAAAAUAAAAAUGCUGCUACUCGUUAUCGCCAGAAAAAGAAGCUCGAAAUGGAAAUCAUACAAAUUGAAGAACAGGAACUUAGUCAACGUCAUGAGGUCCUAAAACGUCAGUUGGCCGAAUACAAACGUGAAGAGAAAUACUUGAAACGUCUCAUACGCGAGUUCUAUGCUAAGAAAAAUUAAAAAAAAAAAAUAAUUGAAAUUCCAAGCCACUAUCUUUCAAGCGGAAAAUACGUCACCAUUUAUGUGUUUAACUUUUUUUCUUCUUUUAAAUUAUGUUUUAAUUCCCCCUAACAGUUUUGUAAGAAUUUAUCUCUCGUUUUACAAAAUUUAUGUUUUUAAUUAAUAAUUGUACUUUUUUUAUAUUCAUAUUACUUUAAUGUUUUAUUACAAGUUUUUUUAUAUAUUGUAUUUACUUUUAGUAAGCAAUUAAUAAUUGUGUGUGUAUUUUUGUUUGCAAAAUUAUUAUUAUUAUUAUUAUUAUUACGUCUUAAUAUAUGUCCCCCUCCCCUGUUGUAAUGCUAAAAAGUUUUUAUUUUUCAAAAUUUCCACCUUCAAAUAAUGUUUUUAAAGCAGUUUUUUAUGUAAAUCUAGUGCAUUAGUUUUAGAAGUAUUUGUGUUUAUUUGUUAAAUAUUAACACUUAUGACAUGAUCUAAUUUUACAAACGGUCAUCGAAUCUAUUUUGUUAGUUUAACAAAGAAAACCAACAAUUAAUAUCAAUAUGAAUGUAGAUUUAAAAAAAUAUAUACAUAUAUAUAACAAAACUAAACCCUUUGUUCUAAAUCUAUAUUUAAUGCUUCUCAAUGCACUGGACAGAAUAAUAAAAUUUUAAAAGAAAUACAUACAUAAA